AGAUGUCAGUCUAUCCCAACCCCAACGCCAAAAAGGUCCCCAUGUGCUCGCGUCGCGGGUGCUAAAACCACGUGUGGUGCUAAGGGAUUGUUUGUGUGUGUGAAAAAAGAGAUGAAGAGUUGCGGGUGGUAGCAGAACCACGGGAUGUCCACUACCGAGUCUGGAGUCUACGACGAGGUGUCCACGGACUCGAAGGUCGACCUGAGUAGGUCCGGAAGGAACUCGUUCUGCAUAGAAGCGCUCCUAGGGCCAAGAGAACCUAGAACAGAAGACAAGAGAUCGUCUUCGCCGUACGCCAGCUCUCGCAGUCACAGUCCAUCGAUAUCUCCGGGGUCUGAAGAAUGUCCUUAUAACCUUCCUUCUAGUCCGUCCGAAACACCUCCACAGUCGCUUUUUAAAAACCAAGGUGUAGGUAUGGUGCCUCGACCUGGUAUGUUAUCCAUACUACCUCAGCUAGGAGGACCAGAGCACGUGUAUGGUGCCUACCCCGCAUCCUCAGCAUUUCAACCCCUAGGGCAGCGGACGGACCCGAAGAGUCCAACUGCGCCACUCACGCAAGGCCAGUUGCACCAGAUGCAUCUCGAAUGGCUGGCGAGAGCUGGCAUGUUCUAUGCAGGACCUCGCUUACAAGAUCUCACAGGUGCCCACCACGCCCUUAUGGGUAAAACAAGAAGGCCUCGCACUGCCUUCACAAGCCAACAGCUUUUAGAACUGGAAAAACAGUUCCGACAAAACAAAUACCUCUCUCGACCGAAGCGCUUCGAAGUUGCUACCAGCCUAAUGCUCACCGAAACACAGGUGAAAAUAUGGUUUCAAAACAGGAGAAUGAAGUGGAAGAGAAGCAAAAAGGCUCAACAGGAAGCGAAAUCUUCUAAAGAAGAUGGUGAAAAGAAGAGUGGAAGUACCUCGAGCAGUGGAUCGAACUGCAGCCCAACCAAAUGCGGCCACACGCUGACCCCGAGCCCUAGAGGGAAGCCAGAGAACGUCCGGACCUCUGGAGGAACUCUUCAUCAGAUCGUCCAACUGGCGCAGAUGGCUAGGACGAGGGAAACUGGAGAAUCCUUGUACAGACCCUAUGUCUCCUAGACCUUGUAGAUUACACCUCCCCCAAGUGAUAAAUGAGUGGAUUAACUUGAUCAGUUGGCUAUUGCCAACCGUAAAUACGAGUGUCAAAACGUGUACAUAUAGUUGGCUAUCCUGUACAGAAUGAGUAGUGAACCUUGUUCAAUUGGCUAACCCCAAAACACAGCCUUGAUGAAUGAGUGGCAUAACUACAGCUAGCUGUGAUGAACAUAGCAACAAUUAUACAGUUGGCUAUAACCACCCAUAAAAACCCGUACAAAACGUGUGCAUACAGUUGGCUAUCCUGUAAAGAAUGAGUGACCAGCCUUGUUCAAUUGGCUAUGGCCACCCUUGAUGAACGAGUGGCAAAACUAUAGCCAACUGUGAUGAACGUGUAGCAAAGUUGGCUAUAGCCACCCGUGAAAAAUUAGUGACUAAACGUGUAAAUAUAUCUGGCUAACGUGCAAAUAAUGAGUGACAAUUCUUGUUCAACUGGCUAUAGCCACUCUUGAUGAACGCUUGAUGAAAACUAUUGCCAGCUGUGAUGAACAUAGCAAAACUUGUACAGUUGGCUAUAACCAAAGACUGUAUUCGUCGGUAAAGAUCAGCUGUAACAGU